GGAGAACCAUGGUACAUUAACUGUUUACCAGCCUAUCACUUGUUUUCAAUUACUGCAGGUUCUUCCACAGAACAAGAAACAUCAAUCGGAGAAGCCCCCCCAAUGGACAUGACCGAUCCAGAGGAUGAAAAUGCCGCAGACGAUCCAGAUUUAACUCAGAUAGAGGAGUUCCCGGAGGUGACAGGACAGGGUGCAGAGGAUCCGCAAGGAGAUCUGAACAAUCCACCAGCAGUGGAACAACCGCAGGUCCCCACGGCACAACUGUCUCCUGCUACACGCUUAGAAAAGGCGCGCACCAGAACCAGGCGCGUCUCUGUCCUCACCAACGUUGCAGAGAGAAUGCUAUCUCAGGCACAGAGGGAGGAACAAAACAACAGAAAGGAACGUGGAGAAAUUCUGGAGGCAACCAGCCAUUGGCGUGCAGCCAUGGAAUCAGAGACAAGAUGGCACGAGGACAUUAUCAGGGAGGCAAGAGAGGAUCGUAGGGCUUUUAUUGAGGCACAGUCACAAAAUAUGGAGGGGCUUAAUAGGGCUGUCGGUGCCCUCAGCUCCUUGACUGAACUCUUUGUCAGGGAGCAAAGAGCAGGCCCGGUUGCAGAAACUUCCCAAAAUGCCAACAGCAAAACACGCGAUAACGAUCAUGAGAAGGCACCACUAAGAAAAAGGGCUCGGAUCAUUAAAAAGAGAGAAAGAUAUGAUCCAUCCCUCUGAGCCCCACAUGUUUUUCCGGUGCAGCAUUUGGGUUGGAAUCUGCAUAUCACACGUAUCAUUGCUGUUGAAAUUAUGUUUGUCACAGCUGUAAUUGUGUUUUUCGAUGUUGGCGAGGGGUUGACAAUGGCCAUUGAAAAAAAUUGGUUUUUGUUUCCCACCGCAAUCCAGGUGCGGUUUGCCAGAUCUAUUUUUUGACCACGGUUGUUUGAAAUGUUGACCCAUGGGAGAAACUACACAGUUUUAAAUUUGUUUUUUAUUCUUUUCAAAACUUGAAAGAUUACAUGUGAGGCAUCAUAUGGACACUUAACUAACAUGCAUGUUAAAUAAAUCUUUUCUACAUCUCCUUAAACCUUGACAGCACAUUAUCAAUGUCGGACCUCAAUUUCUUGUUCUCCUCAUUCAAAUUCCUCACAUUGUUUUCUAGCUUCUUCACCAAGGCCUGCAGGCUGUCCAUCCUUCUGUUGGUUUUCUUUGCUGUGGAAACAAAAGGUGUAAGCGCAGAGUGGCCACUUCUGUGUUCACAAACGUAGUAAGUCAUUGAUGGUUACUUACCGCAGCUGAGGCAUGUUCCCACUGCCUUGUGAACAGUCUCCAGUAUCUCAAGGGGCUGUUCCCUUGCCAAAGAUGAAGAAGGCACAUUUACAGUGUGUAGUGGACACCGCGCUUGAAUGCAUUCCUCACAGGGGUCACCUGAAAAGGGGGUUUGGAGAACUUGAUUUAAUUUUGUUCAUUGUCAUUACAGAGCACGUGUUUAACAUGUGGCAGAAUGACGGUGUAGUUAGUUCCAUUUGUGUACCUGAAUGCUCAGUCAGCUGUUCUGGUGGAAUCACUGCUUGCUGAGGUGUGACUUCUUCAUUGAACUCGGAGCAGUUUCCCUCUUCUUGCUUCACUGCCUCAGAACUGGGUUGCAAGGCCAUUUCAUCCAUUGGCACGGUCACCUCUGAGCCUGUUUCCUCCGUGGGCUCCUCCUCCCCCUCAUGUCUGUAUGAUGUUGCUGGAGAAACACAUGAAGAGAAUUAAAACAUCAGUAAGAGCAGUAUUGAUGAAAUGUUAUGAACAAGGAAUUCUGACUAAUUCAAAAAAUGGGGCAAGGGAAUGUUGAAAUGCUGAUCACCCUAGGCAACCGAUGCUGUAUCAUGUGUAGGGAUUUAGGGAAUGCCGUUUAGAUUAGAAGGCCGGUUUGGGAUCUUGGGCAGGGAGGGGGGGGAAUACCCAUGGAGGAAUGAUAAGGGCUGAGGUGUGUGGAAUGCUGUUUUUACUUACCGCACAGUAGCCAAGUCAUCUUUAAGAGAACACAUUAAAAAUAUGUGCUGACAUAAACCAUAAACCUUUCCCAAAGAACAGAAACAAAACAACUUUUAAACAUGGUGGGAUAGUCUUCAAGGACAGGGCACAGUCCCAGUGCCGUUCAGUGCCACGUGUUCCUGUGUUCCAUGUGCUGAUCCCAACACAGCAUGCCUGUUCUGGGGUUUUUCCUUGAAAACUUCCAUCCAACAUUCCUCUCAUUCAGGAAAUUGGUGCCUUGUACCAACAUACAUUUCCAUCUUAGUGAGGGGAUUGGGAUGGGUGAGGGGGGGGGGGAAGACCCGGUGUUUGAUGAUGGUGCAAGGGGGGCCCCAUCUCACUUAAAGCAUGGUGAAAACAUUUUUAGAGGUGUGCCUUCACAAAAUAAACAUCCCACAGUACUACAUUUACCUUCAUGGUGGCGAUCCUCCCAGCGUGGUCUCCCAGCAGCUAUCCACAAACGCAUCAUUGAGUGAUGGUGUGGGAUCCGCCCGCUGCAGCUUGGGAUGCCUUGGCAUGCCGUAAGGGAUGCCAUGAACUCGCAUUUCAGCCUUUUAAAUUUGGUCCUGCACUGGUUGGCAUUUCGGCUAUAACCAGCAUCAGUCAGCUUCCUAGCAAUGGCAUGGUACGCCCCCCUGUUGCGCUGGUGUGCGCUCGACAUAAAAUCGGCUGCAAAACCAAGACGCAGAACAAUUUUCAGAAGCAGGGACACCUCCUCAAAUUGCCAAAAGGUGCCCCUAGUUCUCCGUGGUGGCAUGUCUAUUUCCUGUAGUCCUGGGUUCCCCGGUCGAAGAGGCCAAUCCUGAUUUGUCAGAGACAUCAUAUUCCGACCCAAAUAAACGUCUCUGAUUGGCUGUGUCAGGGUUAAUCAUUGCGAGCAAUUUUUUUUUCCAAAAAAAAAAUUCCGCCAAAAUAAAGGUUGGCCAUUUCUACAGACAGCAUGAGUGCAGGGGCGAAUUCAAAUACAAAUGUUUCCCACCUUCGCCGAAAUGCUUGAUAAGGAAGAAAAGGUUCAUGCGU